UCAAAUAAUAUUUCUGGCGGGAUAAAGUAUUGACGUUCCAGGAGAAUAUAUUUUGGGCGAUUAGAUGUCACAGCCGCAACCAUUACAAAUGCGAAUUCUUCAUUUACUGUCGGAGGCCUCAAUCCGGAUUAGAGACUUACGGAUAUAGGUUCUGAUUGCUCUUUUUGGGUGCGAACAUUCACCUCGAGCUUUCAAUACCCGGGGGAAUACAAGUCCGCAUCUGUUCUGCCUAAGGACUCGCUUUUGACAAAGCCGUGAGUAUUUGGCUGAGCAUAACAGAUCAGUCUGUACUUAAUCUUCUGAGCAAUCAGUAAACAAGUUCACAAACUUCUGGGGCGACUCCAUAUAUUCCUGGAGGAACAAAGUUAUUGAUUCAGCGGUGUGUGAUGGUUUAUGGUGAAACUUGAGGAAUUGAAUCUAUGCACUGGGUAAUUUCUAUUUUGUAAUAGCUAGCGACUUAUAACGUGUUCCAAAUCGUUUGCAAUCCAAGGCCACCGGUGCGAUCUAUUUCUGCAAAUUAAGGACAGGUUCUAAAAUUGCUCCCGAAUAUUAAUAUUCUGGAGAUCUAUGAAAAUUGUUAGAUACAGCAAUGGCAGGCCAGUCUGAUCCUCAACUGUCACUAUUCUCCGCAGGAGAGGCAAGCUCUCCAUUCUCCAUGUUGAAUUUCUCGCAGAGGAUGAGAUGACAAAUAUUAUUCCUAAUGUUCGGAUGGAUGCUUUGAAUAUGAUUUGUGGAGAUUUUGGUCCUUUUCGCCCACAAAUACCUGUCAAAGUUCCACUAUGGCUGGCCAUUGCACUAAAGAAACGUGGCAAGUGUAGAAUACAAUCACCAGAUUGGAUGUGUGUUGAGAGGUUGACACAAGUUCUAGAUUCUGAGCGCGAAGCUCCCAGAGAAUUUGAACCAUUGCCAUUCCAUUACGUGGAAAUAUCAAGACUGCUUUUUGACUAUGCACGCGAUGACAUACCAGAUAUCUACCUAGUCAGGUCAUUAUUAGAGGAUAUUAGGGAUGUAAGAUUUCACAAGGUCGAGACUGGUUUAGAGUUAAUUAAUUCAAGAAAUCAUGGAAUGAAGUUAAAAAACCUUUCUGCAAUGGAGGUAAAUCUAGUACGCCCGUUUAUGGUGAGAGCUUUUCAAGCUUUCGAUAAGCAUGAUUCUGGAGAUCAACAAGGCUUAGAUGGAAACAGCCAACCUACAUCUACAGACCGGGGCAAAAGACGUAUGCUUCGACCUCGGUAGACACUCCAGAUGUUACUGCUAACCCACAGAUUCUCAGGUAGAAAAUUCAAGAAUGACUACAGUUUGUACCAUGGAAUAUGCUAAUGUUAUCCUCAUAACAUAUGUAAUUUGAAAAAUCUUACAAGGCAUUAAUAAUAUGCAUUUCGAGCAGGCAAAUACAACAGUAUUCUGUCUCAGUAAAGACUAAAAGUUGCCUUGUAUACAAUGAAAGCUAACAGUUUGGUAGUGCACCCUUUGUUGAUAGUGGCUUCUGUUUAAAAUUUCAAUUUUGUCUUUAAUUUCUUCUAGGACUAAUAAGUGAAUUGACUACGCAUAUAUAAAUGUUAAAAGAGCUAUUUUGAAUUCUGAUACUUCAACAAUUGAAAAAUGUUUUCUUUUGUUUUUGGUAUUGGAUCACAUAGAAAUUGAUGAUUUAUGUAGUCAGGCCAAAAAAUUAUUGAGA